AGGCUGCUUCUUCACAAACAAGGCUGCUGUCAUGCUCUAGGUCUGAAGCAAAGAUCUAGGGGACAAUAGAGUAAUAGCUGUUUAAAACAAACUGUUUCAUGGACAGUGUGCCCAGAUCUCCAGGACUGACUCCCGCAGGUUUUCAGAAUCAUUCAGCUGCUAUAGUUUGUACUUCUGUGUUACCAAGGACUCCAGUUUUAGACUCUGAGAUUGGUGUUUUAUGUAUGUGCUGUGCAGAAGGUGAUAGUUCUAAGCAGAACGAAAGGUUAUCCUGGAGCCUGAGCCACCAUGUACUUGUCUGGAGGAGAAGAGGGAUUUCCAUAACACUCUGUAAUUGCUGUAUGCCAGUGCUAUGCUUUAAACAGAAGAGCCUGUUCCAGCCCAGAGCAAGAAAGAGGAAAAGUUAGAGGAGCCUUUGUCCCUUCUGUGAGGGACAUUUGGAAACACCCCAAAGACCUGACCUACCUUUCCAUGUUUGUAGCCUAUGCAGCUGGGAACAGGGAGUUCUGGCAUAGUCUUCCAUCUCAAAGUGAAUGGGAUGUGCACUCCUGCUGCUGCCAUCCCAGUUUUCCUUGCUUGUUGAUGGCAUUCCAGCAGGGAGGAAGAUACCCUGGUGCAGAGAGGGGACCCAGGAUCUGACAAAGAAACCUCCUCCAUGAUUAUUGCCAACACCGCAGUCAACUAUUGCGGCCUGGAGACCAUCCUCCAUAUGACGUGCUGCAAUCAGACCAAGGAUGACAUUACAGGGCACCUGCAGAAGGCCAAGAGGCUGGGGCUGAAGAACAUCAUGGCACUGCGUGGAGAUCCUGUUGGUGAGGAAUGGGAGGAAGAGGUACAUGGAUUCAAUCACGCCGUUGACCUGGUUAAGCACAUUCGCAGUGAAUUUGAUGAUUACUUUGAUAUCUGUGUAGCAGGCUACCCCAAGGGUCAUCCUGAAGCAGAGAGCUAUGAGGCAGACCUGAAAUACCUGAAGGAGAAAGUUCUUGCUGGGGCAGACUUCAUCAUUACACAGCUUUUCUUCCGAUCAGAAACCUUUCUCAAGUUCAUGAGGGACUGUCAAGCCAUUGGCAUCACCUGCCCCAUUAUUCCUGGCAUCUUCCCCAUACAGGGUUACCACUCUCUGCGCCAGCUGGUGAAGCUCUCCAAACUGGAAGUGCCCCAAGAAAUCAAAGAUGUGAUUGAACCCAUCAAGGACAAUGAUGCAGCCAUCCGGAACUAUGGGGUGGAGCUGGCAGUGUCCAUGUGCCGGGAGCUGCUGGACAGUGGCCUGGUGCACGGGCUCCAUUUUUACACCCUCAAUCGGGAAGUGGCUACGACUGAAGUCCUUAAGCGCCUUGGCAUUUGGAAUGAGGACCCGAGGCGGCCUCUGCCUUGGGCAGUCAGUGCUCACCCCAAGAGAAGAGUUGAAGAUGUUCGGCCAAUCUUCUGGGCCUCUAGGCCAAAAAGUUACAUCUAUCGAACUCAAGAAUGGGAUGAUUUCCCCAAUGGUCGAUGGGGUAACUCCUCUUCUCCAGCCUUUGGGGAGCUGAAGGACUAUUACCUCUUCUACCUGAAGAGCAAGUCUCCCCGUGAGGAGCUCCUGAAGAUGUGGGGGGAAGAACUGACUGGUGAGGAAAGCGUCUUUGAGGUUUUCACGUGUUACAUCACUGGAGAGCCCAACAAGAAUGGACACAGGGUUACAUGUAUGCCCUGGAACGAUGACCCUCUUGCUACUGAAACCAGCCUUCUGAAGGAGCAGCUGGAGAAGGUCAACAGACGAGGAAUCCUGACUAUUAACUCCCAGCCAAACAUCAAUGGCAAACCAUCCACAGACCCCAUUUUUGGCUGGGGACCUAGUGGAGGUUAUGUCUUCCAAAAGGCAUACCUGGAGUUCUUUGCCUCCAGUGAGAUCGUCACAGCUCUGCUCAAAGUGUUGAAGAAAUACGAGUUGCGGGUGAACUACCACAUUGUCAACGUCAAGGGCCAGAAUAUCACCAAUGCCCCCGACCUGCAACCCAAUGCUGUUACCUGGGGCAUCUUUCCAGGCAGGGAGAUAAUCCAGCCCACCGUGGUGGAUCCUGUAAGCUUCCUUUCCUGGAAGGAUGAGGCCUUUGCUCUGUGGAUUGAGCAGUGGGCCAAGCUCUACGAAGAGGAGUCACCCUCUCGCAUGAUCAUCCAGUACAUCCACGACAACUAUUAUUUGGUCAACCUGGUGGACAACGACUUCCCACUUGAGAACUGCCUCUGGCAGGUUGUGGAUGAUACUUUUGAGCUGUUGAACUCUCCACCUCAGCAGUGAAAAACUCCUUUUCUACUCCCUUACUUCUUCCUUUCAUCUGCUGACUCCAAGGAAAGAAAAAGCAGCUCCUGUCAGGAUGCUUGGACCAUAGGCUCCUAAACCCAGUGAGCAUUGCUGCUCAGAGCCAGGCAACUCUGAUCCACCCUUGUUAGAAGCUCUUCUAUCCCCAGCACAAAUGUUCCUAUCCCUUUCCACUGAACAGUAGCCAGAAGAACCAUCAAUACUUCUGAGUUGCGGCUCUGUGCUGAGCUUGCACGCCAGCUCUGCAGGAUGGAAGGGGGUGCUUACCAUGGUUAUGUUGAUCACAGCUUGUAGGAGAAACCUUGCACGCCAAUAUGGCACAGCUCAAUGGAAGUCUGGUAACUUUCUUCAGCAAGGUUUUUGGGGGCAGAAACACUCCUGUCAGCAACAUCUAUGCAAGGAAGUUGUUGCAGCUGCUACCAGCCAUGAAAAGAAGCUCAAGUUGUUUUUACAUUGCACUCCAAUGAUGUACUGCAUCAUAACUAAAACCAGACUCUUUUGUGCUCACUCCAGAAAAAGGUUCAAUUUUUCCUAACUUUUCCUCUUAACUGUGCUGCCUGAUUUUUAGGGUUUAUUUUUUAAUGGGAAUAUGAAUUCCACUUCUGGAUGUGAUCAAAUAGAGCAAUUCCUACUUAAAGUACAAUAAACUUCAUGUGUACAGA